AUCAACUGGCAUUGAAUGCAGCCAUCUGUCUGCCAGGUGGACGGUCAGGAGCUGCCGCCGCCGAUGGAGACCAGACUAGAGCUGGAUGUGUUGAUAUACCCUGACGAGGUGAGGGUCGCCACCCCGGAGGACCUCAGGCAGUGGGACCUGGAGACUGCCAGCCAGGUCUCCAUCCCCACCRUUCGACUCUUUGUGGCUCUUUACCCGUACAACCCGGCCGCCAUGUCUCCCAACCCCGACACGGCAGCGGAGGAGUUGCCCUUUGUGCCAGGCCAGAUCAUCAAGGUGUUUGGAGACAAGGACUCUGACGGUUUCUACCAUGGAGAGUCCGGUGGUCUCUCCGGCUACGUGCCAAGCAACAUGGUGGCUGAAGUCCCAGUGGAUGACGAGUACCUGAAGCACGUUCUCAUGCAGCAGGGUUUCCUGCCUGUGGAUCACGCAGGUAUGUCUUUAACACCAGAGCUAAGCGACGCUGGCAGCAUUUGUGAAGAUGUGGUUGUUAGAAGAAUGGUGGCCUUAUUCGACUACGAUCCAUGGGAAAACUCCCCCAACAUGGACAGUGAAGCUGAACUGGGCUUUCGAUCCGGAGACAUCAUUUACGUGUUGGGCCACAUGGAUCAAGACGGUUUUUACUUUGGAGAUCUUCACGGAAGACGAGGUUUGGUUCCCUCAAACUUCCUGCAGCCCUUACCCUGGAACUAGACGCCGUGCUAACACCUCUGCUACUAAUGCCAAGUCACAGACACAAUCAAAUCAGCAGCUUUUACUGAGAAAAUGUAAAUGUGUGUCAAAUAUUUGUAUAUAUUUUUAUUUUAUAUAGUAGUGUUGCAUUACUUUUGCUGUAGAAGGCCUUUAAAGUAUAACAAAUAGCCCAACACAACAAUUAGGAUGUUGAACAAUGAAGAAAAACAGGUUAUAGGAUAAGAUUCUUUAUUGAUCAUUUUAAAGAAAAACUGCAACUCACCUUAUACGGGAAAAAAAGAAAAUUUUUAAAACCAUGUUUUCUUUAAUCAAAAAUAUAUUUUUUUGUAAUCCAGCAAAAUUAUUUCCAGAGAAUUUAACUUGACGGAUGUCUGGCGACUUCUAGCCUUAAAAUAAUACACUUUUAGUCACAGCAUUGUGCAGAUCAGAGUGUAUGAAUCUAGUUUGCCUUACAUUGUGUUCAUCUGCUUUCUGUAACAUGCUUACUUUCAGAUGCAAGAGGUAAUAAAUAGCAUAUUAAAAACAUUCACGUAAAACAAAAAAGCUCAGAAAACCGAGUUAAAGCAACAACUGCAACAUCAUGCUUCCAUCUACAGACCACAGUUAAUAAUUUUCUCAAUAAAUGUUACCAAUAUUAA